AUGGAUGGAGCAGUUGUCUAUGCAGACAUAAAAUUAGCUGAAGUUUCCUCACCCGGAAGAAACUUAGAUUCAGUUCAGAAGCCAGGUAUGUUAAGUUGUUAUCAGAGACUUAUCUUGAACUGCUUGUGCAAGACGUAGGGGUUGAGGGUAGGACCAGUUUAAGCUGAUGCAGGAGGGCCCAGGACUCAAACGCAGGCACACAUUCAUGUUUUGGCAAUUGCAAAGUUUUGCCAUUUGUUUUUAUUGCACGGCAAACCAAAAUGUGGCACUGUCUCAGCUUACAGCUGUACAAUUAAGUGAAUAAGUGGUGUGAUUUAGUAAAAUACUUUUCUUUCUUUCUUUUUGUUAGCUGAUAUGAAUUUUGCCAUGUUGAAAAGUUUUUGAAGUUCCUAAAUAUUGAUUAUAAAAUACAUCCAUUCUGACGGCACAAGAGAAAAACCAUGAGGAAAAUGCCCUCUGUUUAGCGGAUAUUUUUGUCCAGUGCUUUGUUUUCUUUUCUUGUGUUCAUCAUUUCUUACGCUUUUAUUAUAACUCAAAAAGCUUAAAGUGGGGCAGGCCUCGCCGGAUCUGUCAGGGAGCUCAAAAUCAAUUUACGGAAACAUGCUACCCUUUUCAGCUUCGCUUAGAGCAGCUUUACACAAACUGAAGGAAGAAAUGGGAGAGAACGUAACACUUUCUCACCAUGUUUCUGAAGUGGUAACCACUAAAGGGAGGAAGAGAUGAGGAAGGUGUUUCUGCAUCUGAAGUAUGGGACAAAGACUUGCUGCAUCAUUUCCUGCUGAUUCCAAAGAGAAUUGGGAUAAUCUAUGGAUAAUCCCUUUGUGGUGGGCCAGCACAUUUAAACUGAGGUGCAGUAGUGAAUUUGUUCACAGCCUCACAUGUAAAGAAAUGAAGCAAUAAUUCCCUGUGCUACCUCAUGGACUUUCUUUAAAUGUAAAGGACUGGUGAACAGGAACUUUGGAGAACUUGCACCUCUUCAACAGAUGACCUGAUACCAUAUAAGUUCAUAUGACACACACACACACACACACACACACACACACACACCCCACCAAGAACAGAUCAGCAUGAGCAUAACACCAAUUUUUGUGCAAUCCAAGAUACUUGUUAUUGGUUUUUUUAAAAAAAGAUAUUUAUUAAAGUUUCAAAAAAAGAUUACAUAGAUAAGAAAAAGAAAAAUAGAGAAAAGAAAAAUACAAAAUACAAAAAAACAAUUAAAAACAAUUCCAUCUUUUCAUCACUUAUCUUUCAUUUACUUGUUUCCCAGACCUCCUCAUGCCUCCCUUUUUUGUAUUCCAGUUCAAUUUAUUAGUUCAGCAAUUCCUUUCCCUCCUUAUUUUAUCCUGAUCUUUAAUCUUAAUAUAUUAUAGCAUUAGGUUUUUACGUAUUGAAAAUCCAAUUUUUCCAUAUUCUUUUAUACCAUUACAGCUAGAAACCACUUAACUUCAAUCCAACAUCAUUCUAACAUUCAUUAAUUUUGCAAUAUUUCUGUAAAUAGUCUUUAAAUUUCUUCCAAUCUUCUUCCACCGACUCUUCUCCCUGGUCUCGGAUUCUGCCAGUCAUUUCUGCCAAUUCCAUGUAGUCCAUCAUUUUCAUCUGCCAUUCUUCCAGUGUGGGUAGGUCUUGUGUCUUCCAAUGCUUUGCAAUAAGUAUUCUUGCUGCUGUUGUAGCAUACAUAAAGAAAGUUCUGUCCUUCUUUAACACCGAUUGGCCGACUAUGCCCAGGAGAAAGGCCUCUGGUUUCUUCAAGAAGGUAUAUUUAAAUACCUUUUUAAUUCAUUAUAAAUCAUCUCCCAGAAAACCUUAAUCCUUGGGCACGUCCACCAAAGGUGAAAGAAUGUACCUUCAGUUUCUUUACAUUUCCAACAUUUGUUAUCGGGCAAAUGGUAGAUUUUUGCAAGCAUGACUGGGGUUAUGUACCACCUGUAUAUCAUUUUCAUAAUAUUCUCUCUUAAGGCAUUGCAUGCCGUAAACUUCAUACCUGUGGUCCACAACUGUUCCCAGUCAGCCAUCAUUAUGUUAUGUCCAACGUCUUGUGCCCAUUUAAUCAUAGCAGAUUUCAACGUUUCAUCCUGAGUAUUCCAUUUCAACAGCAAGUUAUACAUCUUUGACAAAAUCUUAGUUUUGGGUUCUAACAAUUCUGUUUCUAAUUUUGAUUUUUCCACCUGGAAGCCGAUUUUCUUGUCCUAAUUGUAUGCCUCCAUUAUCUGAUAAUAAUGAAGCCAGUCUCACACUUUGUUUUUUAGUUUUUCAAAACUCUGCAGUUUCAAUCUAUCUCCGUCUUGUUCCAAAAUUUCCCAAUAUUUCGGCCAUUUGACCUCCAUAUUGAGCUUUUUCAGAGCUUUCGCUUCCAUCGGUGACAGCCACCUUGGAGUUUUAUUUUCCAAUAAGUCCUUAUAUCUUAUCCAAACAUUAAACAAUGCUUUCCUGACAAUAUGGUUUUUAAAUGCUUUAUGUGCUUUGACCUUAUCAUACCACAGAUAUGCAUGCCAUCCAAAUACAUUGUUAAAGCCUUCUAGAUCCAAAAUGUCAGUGUUUUCAAGAAGCAGCCAUUCUUUCAACCAGCAAAAAGCUGCUAAUUCAUAAUAAAGUUUGAAGUCUGGCAGGGCAAAUCCACCUCUUUCCUUUGCAUCUGUUAGUAUUUUAAAUUUUAUUCUGGGCUUCUUGCCCUGCCAGACAAAUCUAGAAAUAUCUCUCUGCCACCUCUUGAAACAGUCCAUUUUGUCCACAAUUUGCAAUGUUUGAAACAAAAACAACAUUCUAGGCAAUACAUUCAUUUUUACCGCAGCAAUACGACCCUGCAAUGAAAGCUUCAAAUUUGACCAAAUUUCUAAAUCUCUUUUCACUUCAGCCCAGCAUUUAAGAUACUUGUUAUUGUAUACAAACUGGGACCCGAACAUAUUUGCAUGGGAGUAUUUUCACUCUUGUUAAUUCAUCUAAAUUUGUUAGAAUCUCCAGGAAGACUUGGCAAAUGUUGGGGAUGUUAAAUUGAUGGUGAAGGAAGCAGAAUAAUCUCUCUCUCUCUCUCUCUCUCUCUCUCUCUCUCUCUCACACACACACACACACACACUCCUGUAUCUACUUUGUGGACCUCUCUCCCAGAUACUGCCCCUCUGAGCAAAUCUCUACCUCCUUUAGAAGGCAUGUGGAAACAUUUUUGUUUAGAUUUGCAUGUGUGUGGUGAACUGGUUUGUGCUUGAGGCAUCUGAUCAAAAUCUGCUUUGAGCUUAAAAAAUUAUAUUUGUAAAUAUAUUUUUCUCUCAUGCCAGGGAGAAGACCAGCUUGAAUACUCUGGCAGCUGUUCAAGGGCCCCACUGCUAUAAAUAGCAGUAUUUCAGGGUUGUAAAAAGUAUUUCAAGGUUGUAAAAGGAAAUUAGAGCCAGAGAGCAAAAGGUCACACUGACCAGAAUACAAUCAAGCUGUAAAAACACAAUUAAGAACUGGUAAAUAGUGAAAUUUAUUGUUUAACAGAAGACUCGAGCCAUAAGGUUAAAGGUUAAAUGGAAGAAACAGCUGCUGGUUAGGGAAAAAGGUUUCUUUAUAGAACUAAGAGAACUUAGCUUUUACUAAGUUCCUUCUAAUUUGAAAAGGCCUUUCCUUCUAAAAAUCUAUCUAUGUUAUGUAUGAAAUAUAUUGGCUUAAAUGUAAUUAUGCAAAGGAUUUAGAAAGUAAGAAAUGUUAGAUUCUUAUGUUAGAUUCCUAUUAUGGUGGGUGAGAAGGUGAACUCAAGAUCUCUUUAAGAUAAAAAAAUUAGAAACCAUGCACCAUCUGCUUUAGCCAUCUGGUUUGCGGUGAAUAGGGCAACAGGGGCCAAAGGUUAUCUGGUAAUUGAGGUGCCUGGUCGAGGUAAAUGUAAGAUAUAUGGCUACUUGUCUGCCAUUUAUGGAUACAAGGAAAUAUAGCUUUUUGUCUCCCAUAAAAGGAAAUAGGAAAUGGGUGUAUCUUUUAUGAUUGGUUCUAGCAAACAACCAAUAGGAAUUUCAACCAGGCUGAUUGGACAGAGGCAGCCAAAGGAGGAGCAAGGGGGCUGGGCUGAGGAAAUAUAAGUGCUGGCCAUCAGGGCUGGAGUAGGUAGAGCUUUGGUAUCCAUAUACCACUGUGUCUCUCAUUUAUUUGUCUGACAAAUAAAUUAUUAUUUUAAUUUCUCUAUUGCUGCGUUGAAUAUUUCAUUCCAGCUAAGCGUUAACCACAAGCAGGGUGCUACAUGCUCUGUUGCUUUAAAGAUUUAUUUUUGUGGUUGACGCUGCUGUGAUUUUGCCGAAUUUGGUUUUAUGUAUUUCGUUGUACGUUGGCUCUGGAGUUUCUGAGGAAAGGCAGCUGAGAAACAAAUGCCUUGCUGCUAUUUACUUGCUUGCUUGCUUGUUGGUUUUUUUAUGUAUUUCUAUGCCACAUAGGUCAGUUGGUAGGAGCAUGGGACUCUUAAUCUCAAGGAUGUGGGUUUGAGCCCCACAUGGGGUGAAAGAUUCCUACAUUGCAGGGGGUUGUACUGGGUGGUCUUUGUGGCCCCUUGCAACUCUAGAAUUCUGUGAUUCUGGCCAAGGGACAUCUAAAAUGGCUCACAAAAUAACCAGAAAACAAGUACAAUAAAAACCCAAACUGCACUAAUCAGAGAACAAAAUUUUUAAAAAUGUAUUUAAAAAUGGCGCCAGGAGGGUGAAACAAGGGGGGUGAAAAGGUGGGGGCAGCACUAAAUGACCAAUGGAAGGAAAAGAAGAGGCAAAGUAGAGCCGGCCCUACCAUCAGGCAAAGUGAGAAAAAUUGAUUUGCCUCAGGUGCCAAAAUGUCUUGGGCUAUCCCUAGUUUAGGCAGUAGAGAGUACAGCACAUUUUAGCAUUCAGCUAAAGGAUUCUGGGCACAGUUCAAUCCACUGGUAACUGUUGGAGGCUGGGCUAAGCAGCCAUUUGAUCCUCCACAAUUCAAUAAAUUAUCACAGGUGCACACCCAGUUCUUAGUGGUCUCAUUUUGGCUCCAUUCCUUCUCAGCAGUUAAGUUUGCUAUUGGAGGCAGAGAUGCCUUGCAGGCAAAAAACCCCUGGUUCAUUCUCUGGCCAGAUAAGACCCCUACCUGAAGCCUUGAGAGUCGUAACUAGACAGACAAUACUGAGCUAGAUGGAGUAACAGUCUGAGCUGAUGCAAGGCACUUCCUUAUGUGCCUAUUUCAUAGCGGAAUUCUCCAUCAAGGCCCUGCAAUGCAGAGUUAAAAGCUGAACACAGGGCUGCCUUGGAACAUUAUCCCCAAUCUUUUCACCUGCGUUUUUGCAGAACACCAACUGUGCCCACGCUGGCAUGGAAUUAUGCUCCAGGUUGGAUGGGCUGGAAACAUCGUCCUGGUGGCGGCAGUGAUAGUGAUGGGAGUUUGGGGUAAGUAUCAUAACAUGAGAUUUGCGCAAGACUUAAUAAUGAACUUCCCUGGGGCCCUGGGUGCCCAGGCACCCACAAAAUUCCUCAUGAAGGUGCCAGGCACCCACAAAUUUCGGUGCCACAGCUGUGCAUGCUGCAGGGGGCCAGUCCCCUGUCCCUCAGACCUUGUGGGGGGCCGGACUAUAUUUUUUUUGGGGGGGAUGAGCGAAUUCCUAUGCCCCACAAAUAACCCAGAGAUUUAUUUUAAAUAAAAGCACACAUUCUGCUCAUGUAAAAACACCAGGCAGGCCCCAGAAAUCACCCAGAGAUGCAUUUUAAAUAAAAGGACACAUUCUACUCAUGUAAAAACAUGCUGAUUCCUGGACCGUCCAUGGGCCGGAUUGAGAAGGCAAUUGGGUUGAAUCUGGCCCCUGGGCCUUAGUUUGCCUACCCAUGAUGUUGACUAUGGUCUGCUAAGGAAACAUGGCCAUUUAAGAGAGAUAAACCAAUUUGAAAACCUCGUGAUAAACAAACAGAAGCAACAACUUCUUAGUAAGAUAUAUAGCAGAAUUAGGAGCGUGGACAUAUCUAAGAAUUCAUACCCAUGUAAUUGUGACAGAGAACUGAGGGGGGAAAUGUCUCAGAAGAAGUAGACAUGGAUGCACCCACAUCUGUGCACAAAUUUAAAAUAAAGAUAUACAGAUUAGUAUUCCAGUGGUACCUGAGACCUGUAUGACUUAAUCCAUGGGUAGGCAAACUAAGGCCUGGGGGGCCGGAUACGGCCCAACCGCCUUCUCAAUCCGGCCCACAGACGGUCCAGGAAUCAGCAUGUUUUUACAUGAGUAGAAUGUGUCCUUUUAUUUAAAAUGCAUCUCUGGGUUAUUUGUGGGGCCUGCUUGUUGUUUUUACAUGAGUAGAAUGUGUGCUUUUAUUUAAAAUGCAUCUCUGGGUUAUUUGUGGGGCCUGCCUGGUGUUUUUACAUGAGUAGAAUGUGUCCUUUUAUUUAAAAUGCAUCUCUGGGUUAUUUGUGGGGCCUGCCUGGUGUUUUUACAUGAGUAGAAUGUGUGCUUUUAUUUAAAAUGCAUCUCUGGGUUAUUUGUGGGGCAUAGGAAUUUGUUCUUUUUUCUCUCCAAGAUAUAGUCCGGCCCCCCACAAGGUCUGAGGGACAGUGCACCUGGUCCCUUGAGGAAAAAGUUUGCUGACGCCUGACUUAAUCAAAUAUACAACAACACAGUUUAGAUAUGGUGGAGGUGCAGAGCACCAAAUCAGAAAGUGCUUUAUAUUUUUUUGGGUCUAGCUAUAACAUAAUGAUUUUUGGAAAACUGUAAUAAAUUAAUUAAACUUACAACAGGCAAAAACAUUGCUUUUAAGUUUUGAAUUUUAUUUUAUGCUGUUUUGCUUUAUUGUGAUUUUUUUAAAAAAACAAUUGUUAUUUUACAUUGGUGAUUUGCUCAUUUUACAGAGCUGCUUUGAAAGGAUUAUCCAUAAUGAUUCUGAAAUAAAAAAAUAUCUCGGCCCCUUGCUGUCUUUGGAAGGACAGCUUGGUAUUUGCAAAGCAUCUUUACGAAUCCCUGUGGAAGUCACCCAACCUGGUGCCCUCUAUCUUUUGGACUAAAACUCCCAUCAUGGCCAUGCUGGCUGAGGCUGCUGGGAGUUGUAGUUCAAGACACCUAAAGGACCCCACAGUAGAGGGCGCUGUGGAGGCUGCUUAUCAGCCAGCAGUACUAUCAAGCUUUAAACUUACAACAUAGUAAAAAAAAAUAUGCCUAAAUCUUUCUCCUCCCUAGUUAUAAAUAAAACUCCACAGGAUCGUGAAAAACAGGUCAAAGCAUCUGAAUGGUCUCCAAACACAACUCAGUACUGCCCUGCAGGAUGUGAAGGAAGCAAAGCAUCAGAGGAUUUCAGGUCAACUCUGAAACAAAAAUUGUGUGAGACGGGUAAAUUCAUUUCAUAAGUUACUGCGACAUGCUUAUGCCUUUGAUCUGCCUCUGCUACGCUUUCCAAGUAAACUGUCGUUACUAAAAAUAAUAAUAAUAUUCUAAAUGUAUAAUGGCACCUAGUGCUCAGCUCCGAAAAAUGCAGCCCUGAAAGAAAUUUUCAGCUGAAGUACAAUAAGCCCACAAAGCCAUUUCCGACCUUGGGAGGAGAGGGGGUUGCGGGUGACCCCCUCCCACACACGCGGGGGCUGGCCUUUUGCCCCCGCGAGAUUCAGGGAAUCCCCGGGCGUGCCUGCAACCCGGCCCACCAAUCGGCGGGCUGGGGAGGCGUGGCCUAGCCUACUUAAGGCCAGGCACGCCCGGGGACCGCCCUCUUUCCCCUCGCCAGCUGAGCGGUGGUUGGUGGGCCACAGCAUUAUGCAUUGGGCCAAGAAUCGUGCCAUGUGUACCGGGUUGGGUCUAAACUUGAACUUGCCUGCAAAUGUGGAGCUGGUGUGGAUAGCGCGAAGGGGCAUGCGCUGGAGUGAAUUCAAGCCAGCUGUAAUGGCGAGAGCCGCCUCUGUGGGUCCACCCGAUGCGCUGGUUAUCCAGUUGGGGGAAAACGACCUAGCGUACCGCAAAGCUAUUGACUUGAGAUGGAACAUCUUCGACGAUUUUGCUGAUCUGAGGGCGGUUUACCCAAACAUUACUAUCUUGUGGUCCUCGUUGCUUGAGAGGAGGACAUGGAGGGAUUGUGUGAGCCCGGUUGGAAUCAAUAAAGCAAGAAAGGUCUUGGAGCGGGCUGUGGAACGUAGAGUGGCGGCUUUGGGCGGGUGCGUCAUAGGACACCCAGGCAUCCGGUACAGCAACGAGGCCCUCUACAGAUGGGAUGGCGUGCAUCUGUCAGAUGCUGGAAACGAUAUUUGGCUGGGAGACAUCAUAGCAGGGAUUAGGAGUUGGUUGCAGGUUUGAAGGUAUUGGCGGCGAGCUUUGCUCGAGUGGCGGUUAGGCAUUGGCAGGGGUUUAUUGUUAUGCAAAUGAAUGGGGGGGGAGGAAGCGCCAUCACCUUCCCCCAAGGAAAGGGUAGUCCGGUAGAGGACUCCGGGGGGCGUUGCCUUGUCCGAAACCUAGGGAGGUAAGGGCCUCCGGCACGCCCCCGAGCGGUGACACCCGUGGGAUCCUAGUUGGCGUACUUCAACAGGACUCCCACGGUUUGUGGUUAACCCUUCCCGGUCUACAUGCCGGGUAGUUGAUAGGAGCCAAUGCCUAAGGCCAAUACCUUUCAAUUCUGUAAUCAAUAAAGUUGUGGCCUUUUUAUGCCCAUUAACCUUAAAUAAUGUGUCCAGUGUCUUCAUUUCACAUGGGGGAGGGGACUUGCCACGCAACUGAUACAGAGGUUAUGUUGUGGGGAUCAUGCCUAAAGCCAGAAUCGCAUAUAGUCAAAGCACUAAAGUCACUUUUCUCAAAAACCCCGUCCCCUGUAUUUUAUUUUUUUGCCACACGUGGAUAGCUGAACAUGUUAAAUGUGUGUAAGUUAUGAGCUUACUGCACUGGAGACUGUUUCUAUUAUUUUAACAUUUGGUAGGGCCGGCCCAAGACAUUUUACCAUCCUGAGGCAAACCACAAAAUGGCGCCUUCGCCACCAGGGAAGAAGGGGUGUUUGAAGAUCUACUUUGGGAACAAGGGAAAGAAUCAAAUCAACCUUACCUGAGAGGUGAAGUGGGAAUCAAAGGCUAUCAUGGGGAGGGGGAGGGAAACCCUCUGAAUCACACUGGGUGCAGGUAACAGAUUAGAAGACCCCAGAGGGCAGCCCCUGCCAUUUCCUUCCAGUGGGGAAGACUAGUAUUGCAUCCUAUUUGUUAAGAGGCAGCUGUAGAGGGGGCAUUACAGUGUGAUGCUGAGGAGCCAUGAAAUCCAGCCUCCAAUGAUCAUGCCACAGUCAUUGUAGCCACCACAGUAGCAGCAGUAGUGGGUGAUGUAUCCUUGGAUGCUGGAUCUGCUGCACCUAUGGAUCUGACCACCUGAGGCAGUUGCCUCACCUUGACCCAUGGGUGGGCCAGCCCUGAAACACACAUGGUACACAAUGUAAGAUUAACACAUUUUCCUGCCCAAAGGAUUUAUAUUCUGCAUUAAACUGAGGGAAAGGGGGGAACCUGGCAUUUGUACUAAGAAUAAACUUCCCGCAAUCUCAUUUGAUGAGUUUUCAGUUUCUCUGCAUUUGUUCUAGAGCAGCCUUUCUCAACCUGUGGGUCCCCAGAUGUUGUUGGACUACAACUCCCAUCACCUCUAGCUAGCAAAGCUCAGGGAUGAUGGGAGUUGUAGUCCAACAACAUCUGGGGACCCACAGGUUGAGAACUGCUGUUCUAGAGUCACAGGCACUAUGGGCACAAUCCUAACCCCCUAGUGUUUAUAACGGGGAAGGAGAGGUCACUAGACUGGUGCAUAAGGCCUUCUCCACCCAUCUCUCCACUGCUGAUAGUGCAGCAAAUCACAAACUGAUUUGAAAAUGUAGAGAAUUGAACUUAACACAGGGAAAAUGAGUAACUGAGGGGACGAGGAAUGGAACAACUGCUUAUAUGUAGCCCUGCUCCCAGCCUGAGGAUUUGGCUUGUCCUGUGCAUAUCUUUGGCCAUAUUCUGUUUGCUGAGCUUCAGUUCUUUGAAACUGACAGAAUACCAUACAUUUACGACUAAAACCACCGGGACUUCUGUUAUUCUCCAGCUAACAAUCAAUAAUAUGCAAAUAACAUCGUUCUGCAAACUGCUGCGAAAGAUCUGCUGCAAGAGCGCUCGUGAAGCUGAAUGGCGAAAGACUAGCCUGAAAAGUACAGAUUGUGUGAGGUAUAAAUCCAAAUUUAAAACAAUGGGAAUUUUUCUUCUUAGGGGAUGGAAGCUGCCACCUGUGCCCCAUGCAGUGGCGUCUGCACAAGAAUAAAUGCUACUGGUUUUCUGAAACGAUUCAGUCUUGGGAGAAGAGCAAGGAAGAUUGUAUAGCUAAGAAGUCUCACCUACUAAUAAUUGAUGAUCAGGAAGAAAAGGUACAAAAUAUUCAAUCCGGAUGUGAUGGGAUUAUGAGCUGCUUGUGCGUAAAAUCGUAUUCCCUCAGAGUUUGUUCAAGUCCACAAACCUCUGUCUGUGACUGAGCCCCUCUGACAUGGCUCCUCUAGUCACUAGAAGAUUCCGACAGUGGUUGCUUUCGUAAUCGCUUCCAACAUAAAAGCUCCUUAACGGAAACACGUCUUCUGGACUCUCUGCGUGACAGUUUCCGGCGAGGAGUGGGUGUCGCUACAGGAGGUCCGGAAACCUCACCACUGUUUUCGCUGGAAGUAUCUCUGAGCCAUCCCCCAGCUCCCUUUCCCUCAGUUCAGCUUCUCUCCCCUACUGGUUUCCUGUUCCGCUGCUGAGUCUCUUCCAACCUGUCUGAGCCCUUUCACCUCCCUCAGUUCAGCUUCUCUCCCCUUGCUGGUUCCCUCUUCAGCUGCUGAAUCUCUUCCAACCUGUCUGAGUCCUUUCACCUCCCUUCCUUCCGAUGGCAGUUCCCUGACAUCCACCUCCCCUCCAGGGCCCCCUUCACCCCCUCUCGCCCCCUCCUCUACGGGCGGUGAGGAGGCAAAACCCCGGAAUGAACUUCCUUCAUCUUCCGAUGUCUCGAACACUUCUCUCCACCUGUUGCGGUUCCUGGUCUCGAAGCACUCCUCCUCCUCCGAGUCCAUCUCCCCUUCCCCUUCCGAUUCUGGGAAUCCUUCCAACUCCUCCUCCUCCUCAGUGGUCCCAAAGUAUUCCCUCCGGAACCUCUCCACAGGCUGAGGUUUCCGCGGGAACCUUUGAUGGAACAUUUCUAUCAAUACCUCGUCAUUGAUAUCUUUGGCCAUUACCCACGUGUUUUCUGACUCGGUUCUCCUUCCCACGCUACCAAAUACUCCACCUGAUUCCCCUUCCACCUGGCAUCAAGGAUUUCUGCCACAUGACUGCUGCAUUCUCUUUCUUCUAUGACCGGUCCCCGAGUGGCCAUCCCUUCUCGUCCCCCCUCGUACGGUGACAGUAACGACCUGUGAAAUACUGGGUGCAGUUUCAUGUGGUUGGGUAACCGGAGCCUGAAAGCCACUGGGUUGACCUGUUGAAUGACCUCAAAGGGACCCAACCUCCUGGGUCGUAAUUUCUUACAACCUCCUUUGAACGGCAACCCUCGGGUUGACAGCCACACCCUAUCUCCAACCCUUAUGGUUUCACCUUCCCUUCGGUUCUUGUCUGCCUGCCUCUUGUAUUCUUCCUUCGCCCUUUCUAAGUUGAGUUGGAGCUGACGGUGGAUUGCUUCCAUUUCUUCUACAAAAUGCUCGGCUGCCGGUACGCUCCAUCUCUCCCCUUCUCCCCUGGGAAAGCCCUGGGAUGACACCCAUAAUUAGCCAAGAAGGGGCUCAUCCCUGUGGACACAUUCUCGGCAUUGUUGUAGGCAAAUUCCGCCAGCGCCAACUUUUCUACCCAGUCAUUCUCUCUGUCAUUGACAUAACACCUCAGGUAUUGCUGGAGGACACCGUUUGCUCUUUCCGCCUGCCCGUUGGUUUCAGGGUGCCGGGCAGUCGAAAAGUUGACCUCCACCUGCAGUAAGCUCAUGAGCUUCCUCCAGAACCUGGAAGUAAAUUGUUUUCCUCGGUCUGAGACCACCCUCAAUGGCACCCCGUGCAACCUAAAAAUGUGUUCUACAAAUAACUUCGCUGUCUCUUCCGCCGUGACUGCAUGCGAGCAAGCUACAAAGUGGCACAUCUUUGUUAGUAGGUCUACCACCACCAUGAUGGCUGUUUUCCCUUUGGACUUCGGCAGAUCAGUCAUAAAAUCUAUCGACACUGCCUCCCAAGGUCGUUCUGGUGUUGGUAAGGGUUCUAAUAGCCCCGCCGGCGCCCGCCUUUCCCCUUUGGCUCGCUGGCACUGCUCGCACCCUCUUACAUACUCACGUACAUCCUCCCUCACCUUAGGCCACCAAAAUUCCCUGGUGACCAACCACAUGGUUUUGUGUUGCCCAAAAUGCCCGCCGUGGGGCUGUCAUGCAACUGCUUGAGUACCCUCCCCUUAAGUCUCCUUCAGGGAUAUACAGUGCCCCUUUGUAAUACAAAGCUCCAUUUCUUUCCUCGAAACCCCUUGAUUCCUCUCCCUCAUCCCUAAGACCUCUGAGCUUAUUCUGGGCGUAUUCAUCAUUCUCUGUUUCUUCUACCAGUUCUCUUUGUCCCACCAAUGCCGCCCCACACACCCAGCGGUCCUCUGGAAUGACAUGUCUCUCUUCGGGUGCUCCCUCCCCUCCCAAUAUUCAGGUUUGCGUGAGAGAGCGUCCGCCCUAAUGUUCUCUGGGCCUGGCACGUAACAAAUCUCAAAGUUAAAUUUGGAGAAUUCCUGGGCCCAUCUCACUUGCCGUUGGUUGAGCACUCGUGCCGUCCUCCAAUACUCUAGGUUCUUGUGGUCAGUGCACACUUGCACCUUAUGUUGUGCGCCAAUUAGCAGGUGCCUCCAUCUCCGGAACGCCUCAUGAAUGGCUAGUAGUUCUCGGUCAUACACCGUGUAGUUCCUCUCGGAUUUGUUCAGCUUUCGCGAAAAAAGGCACACGGUCUCCACUCUGACUCCUCCUUCCCUGGCUGGAGAAGCACCGCCCCAACCGCUCUGUCUGAUGCGUCAGUUUCCACUCUCAUCGGUUUUUGUAAAUCCACAUGCAGGAGCUGUUGUUCCGAGGCGAAGGCCCUUUUAGUUCCUCAAAUGCUUGCUCCGCCUCCUCCGUCCAAACGAACUUCUUCUUACUGCUGAGACAGUCCGUAAUGGGCGCCGUCAGGUGGGCAAAGUUUGGGAUGAACUUACGAUAGAAGUUCCCAAACCCUAAAAACCUCUGCACAUCCUUCCUUGUUUUGGGUGUUUUCCAUUCCAGUACCGCCUGGACCUUGUCGGGAUCCAUGGCCAACCCCUUGUCAGACAGGCGAUACCCCAGGAAUUCCACCUCCUUGGUAUGAAACUGACACUUCUCCAGUUUCACCCACAGCUGGUUGGCUUGCAGCCUGCUCAACACUUCUCUGACGUCUCUCACAUGCUGCUCCUCAUUCUCAGAAUACACCAACACGUCGUCUAAGAAGGCCACACAAUUCUUGUAAAGCAACGGCCCCAGGACGUGGUUCAUAAACGAUUGAAAUGUUGCGGAGCCUGCUUGUAGACCGAAGGGCAUAACUAAGUAUUCAAAUGCCCCUAAAGGGGUGAACAUGGUGGUUUUCCAUUCAUCCCCCUUCCUUAUUCGUAUCAGGUUGUACGCCCCCCUUAGAUCCAGCUUGGUAAAAAUCUUUCCCUUCCGCACCCUUGUCAAAAUGUCGUCAAUCCUGGGCAUCGGGAAGGCCACUGGUUCUGACACUGCAUUUAAGGCCCUGAAGUCACACACCAGUCUCGGCUUGUUCGUGUUUUUUGUCCACAAAAAACACUGGGCUGCCCCCCCACCGCCCUGGACUCUCUGAUGAACCCUCUCUUCAGGUUCUUGUCAAUGAACUCUCUUAGCUCCUGCAUCUCUCUGUCUGACAUGGCGUACAGCUUGCCUACAGGGAGCUGUGCCCCAGGGAGCAAAUUGAUUUGACAGUCAAAGGCUCUAUGCGGUGGUAGUUGGUCAGCUUCCCUUUCGCUGAAAACGUCGCGGAGAUCUGCGUAUUGUCGUGGUACCUUCACGUUCUCCGUCACUUCAGUCCCUGCUAGAGUGGCUUGGGCCCCUGCCAAAACCCUUCCCUCUUUGCAAUGUUCUAAGCAAUGUGCUGACCCAAAAGAAACCACUCUUUGAUGCCAGCCCACCAGCGGAUCAUGUAACGCUAGCCAGCUCAUCCCCAAUAUAAUGGGAGCUCCUCCCAAGGUGGCCACAUUAAAUGCUAUUAGUUCGGUGUGCCUUGCCACCUUCAUUAUCAUUGGGACGGUCUGCAAGCUGACUUCUCCUCCCAACAGCUCCCUGCCAUCGAUCGUGGUUACCUGCAGGGGGUUGCUUAAAGGGAGCGUCUGUAUCUGGUGUUCAGCUGCAAACUCUUUGCUCAUGAAAUUGCAGGAGCUGCCUGAGUCCAACAGCGCCUUAAUCUUUAGAGGGUGUCCGUUUGGCAGCUCUAGUGUCACUUCUAUCACUAGGGCGGGUUUAGGAGGUUCUGGAGUGGGCACUUUCACUGCUCUUUGGCCUGGCUGCUGUGCCCCGACAAUGGCAGCCAGGCGUUGGCUUUUAGUUGCUCCGGUAUUUUUCCUCUCUUCCCUCCACAGCUCCCACCAUCCCUUGCCAUUCCUUCCUCUGGGGGCAGACUCUGGCAAAGUGCCCUGGCUGUUGGCAGAGAUAGCAUUUCCGGGCGCCUUUUCCAGCCUUCUUUCCCCCCUCUCUGGGCUUAGAUACUGCGCGCGCGCGCUGUUCCGAUUUCCAUCGGCUCUGCCGGCGGGACAGUUGGCUCUGGAAUGUCUGGAAUGCGGAACUCCUUCCAACGUUCCCCUUUCCCUUCCCGCCUCUCCAAUGCUCUCGCCUCCUGGCGCGCUCCUAUGGCCAGCGCUGAUUUGGUCAGCUGGUCCAUAGACUCCGCCCUGGGCGCCCGGGAAAGUUCAUCUUUCACAGCCGAAGAAAGCCCUUCUUCAAAGAGCAUUUGAAUGGGUUCCGCCGAUAAGUCCCACCCCAAUCUGUGUAUCAGCAUGGUGAACUCAGUCCAGUACUCACGUACAGAUCGGCUCCCCUGUUUGCAAGCCAUUAACUGUCUGCGCACCACUCCCUUUUCAAUAUCGCUGGAAAACAUCAAAUCCAUGGCGCGAAAGAACUUCAUUGUGUCCUUUAGGACGUCACUAUGCGCUGCCAUCAGGGGUCUCACCCAGUCUCUCGCCCCCUUUUCAAGAUGCCCAAUCACAAAAGCCACUCGUGAUUCCUCAUCAGGGAAAUCAUCAAACUGCAGAUUGAGGGCAUAUUGCAUUUCUGUCCGAAAGCUAUGAUAGUCUUUGGGCUCCCCCCCAAAUUUCUGCACCAAUCCUGGUACCUUUCUGGCGAGCUGGGUGGCUUUCUCCCUUUGUCUGCAUCUUGCGCCCUCCUCUCCUCCAGCCUCGCCGUCUGCAGCGCCAGCUGGACCUCCAACACCCGGUACCUUUCUUCCAGGCUUGGACCCGCUCCAGCCCCUGCUUCUCCGGUUCCUGCUGGGUUGCUCAUUACGCCUUCUCCUGCACAAGCUGCGUUCAAAGACUGUCGGAAUGCUGUGAUGGGAUUAUGAGCUGCUUGUGCGUAAAAUCGUAUUCCCUCAGAGUUUGUUCAAGUCCACAAACCUCUGUCUGUGACUGAGCCCCUCUGACAUGGCUCCUCUAGUCACUAGAAGAUUCCGACAGUGGUUGCUUUCGUAAUCGCUUCCAACAUAAAAGCUCCUUAACGGAAACACGUCUUCUGGACUCUCUGCGUGACAGUUUCCGGCGAGGAGUGGGUGUCGCUACAGGAGGUCCGGAAACCUCACCACUGUUUUCGCUGGAAGUAUCUCUGAGACAUCCCCCAAGCUCCAUUUCCCUCAGUUCUGAUUCUCUCACACUUCUGGUUUCCUGUUCCGCUGCUGAGUCUCUUCCAACCUGUCUGAGCCCUUUCACCUCCCUCAGUUCAGCUUCUCUCCCCUUGCUGGUUCCCUCUUCAGCUGCUGAAUCUCUUCCAACCUGUCUGAGUCCUUUCACCUCCCUUCCUUCCGAUGGCAGUUCCCUGACACCGGACAAGGAAUUCUUACUCUUUCACACUUUUAUCUCAGUUACAGAAUGUUUACUCUUUUGCCCUUAUUAAUGCGUAAGCCAGCAAUGUGAUCACAAUGGGAUGUAUACACUACACUGUAGUUUCGAAGGGGCACUGAAGUACGUAUGGGGAGAUCCAUCUGUUCAUGUGACUACACGUCAUAAGAGGAACCCAGGUGAUCAGGCCAAAGGCUCAUCUAAGUCUAGCAGUCCGUUCCCACAGUGGCCAACCAGAACCUUGCAAGGAAGCAUGUUGCAGUAAUCUAGUCAGGAGGUUAUCAGCACAUGAACUGCAGGGGAUCACUAAGGAGAUCCACUCUAGGCAACAGGAAACGUUGCAUUUGACUGCUUCAGUGAGGAUACAUCCCACAACUAUUUGGUUGAAUCUGACCCAUUAGCCACAGCUGACUUACCAGCCAAAGCUGAUUAAAAGGCGCUCCUUGCCACAAAGGCCACCUGCACCUCAAGUGACAACAGUGGUUCAAGACAUUCCUCCAAGCUACAUAAAAGGUAAAGGGACCCCUGACCGUUAGGUCCAGUCGUGGACGACUCUGGGGUUGCGGCGCUCAUCUCGCUUUAUUGGCCGAGGGAGCCGGCUUACAGCUUCCGGGUCAUGUGGCCAGAAUGACUAAGUUGCUUCUGGUGAACCAGAGCAGCCCAUGGAAAUGCCGUUUACCUUCCCACCGGAGUGGUACCUAUUUAUCUACUUGCAGUUUGACAUGCUUUCAAACUGCUAGGUUGGCAGGAGCAGGGACCGAGCAACGGGAGCUCACCCCGUCGCAGGGAUUCAAACUGCUGAGCUUCUGAUCGGCAAGCCCUAGGCUCUGUGGUUUAACUGACAGCGCCACCAGCUUCCCUAGUUGGGAUGUACUCACCCACAAAGCCUCUAUAUUCCCAGGGUACAGACUGCAGGGAGGUUGUUGGAAAAAAAAUAUCAAGGAGGCAGCAUCCUUGUCCUCAUAUCAACCUGAAAGGGGAACUCCCAAAGAGAAGUUCCCUCUCAUGUUUCUUCUUCAGGACUGCCUCCUCAGCACCAAAUUGUAGGUGGCAGACUGCUGCACUGAGGUAGCCAGCAAUUUCUGGUGCCGUUACCUAGGAUUUCCCAUAGCUGCAAAAGAUUUUAAAUGCUUCUCUCCCAAGCAAUAAUCCUCACUGCAAAAAAAUAAAAUAAAAACAAAAAAUAUGGGCAUGUGAAGGCUAUCGGGAUUUGUGAGGGCAGGUGUAGGUGCUAAGACCUAUUCCCCACCUCCUGUUUGAUUAAAUCAUAUUUUAUAGGAAUUCAUCCAGAAAAAUGUGAAGCUAGUAUGGACUGGACUUAGCGUGUCAAUGCCAAAGAAGAUAUGGAUCUGGACCAAUGGCUCUUUGUUAAAAGAGAAAUUGUGAGUACUGAAACACCCGUGUAGGAAUAACAACAACAACAACAACAACAACAACAACAACAACAACAACAAUUUAUUAUUUAUACCCCGCCCAUCUGGCUGAGUUUCCUCAGUUUUGCAUGAUGAACUUGCAAGAAGAGCUACAAUAAGGAAUGGUGUAGAGGUGUCAGGGACUGGACUGAGGAGGAAUGGUGGAGACUGCUUCCCCCGCCCCCCCCCCGGACUUCCCAAGAAGAGGAGGACAGUAUAUAUUUAGAACAGUGGUUUGCAGAAGGUCAUAGUUCAGAGGCUGCAGAAGGGAGAAGCUGGGAAAUAUUGGGAGAGGGGCAGGAGGAAGAAGGAGCACCAGGGGAGAGACAGCUGACAGUCUCAGUGUCUUUAGAAAUCAUUCCAAGACACACACACACACACAUCCCAGGACCCGGUGGGCAUUGAGAGUAGAAUAACAGAAAGCUCAGAGGCAGAAAGCACAGAUCAGAUGAUGCGGGGAUGACAUAUAAUAGGAGACACAGAGGAGAUGGGACUUUACUCAGAGCAAUGCCAUUAUACCAAUACCUUGGUAAGAGCUUCUUGUUUUUCCAUUACUGGCCACCUGUCAUGAGGGAGGGGGAUUGGAUUCCCUAAAGCCUGACAAGAGGUUACCAUGUCUAUACACUUCUUAAAGGUAUUGCAGCUCUGCUCAUCUUUUCUACACAAGGCAUAUGCCAAAUUGCCUGCUGAUACAUCAGCCGUGUUGAAUUCAGUGGGUCAGCAAACUUUCAACACCAGGGGUCAGCAAACAUUUUCAGCAGGGGGCCGGUCCACUGUUCCACAGACCUUGUGGGCGGUCGUACUAUAUUCUGAAAAAAAUAAAUGAAUGAAUUCCUAUGCCCCACAAAUAACCUAGAGAUGCAUUUUAAAUAAAAGGACACAUUCUACUCACGUAAAAACAUGCUGAUUCCCGGACCGUCUGCAGGCGAUUGGGCCGGAUCCGGCCCCGGGCCUUAGUUUGCCUACCCAUGUUCAACACUUUCAUUUCCUUAUAUUUCUGCUCCAUCUUUCUUCCAUCAUGGAAGACGCCAUACCUCCCUCACAGAGGGUGACGUACAUGGGGUUCCCAGGCAGUUAUGCGUCCUGGUAUUGACCAGACCUAGACCUACUUAGCUUCAGCAAGACCUUCAGGGCAUACUGAGGAAUACUGCUGAUACACUGCUGAUGCACUGAUACACUGACAGCGGUUUCAUCCCUUCUUGAUGCAGAUUUCCAGCAAUACAACCUGAGGAAGGCAGCUGUGGUGCCUUUGAAGACAAGAAAAUCUAUGCCGAGCUGUGCAGCGCAGAGCUUAAAUGGGUUUGUCAGAAGGGAUCUGUACUCCUUUGAGUAUCUUCAUGUGUCCCCAUUCGUAAUCAGCUACACACUCUCCUUUAGACAUCUUGUUCUCCGUACUAAAAAAAACCCCUCAAGGACCUUCUUGGUGGCUGCUCCCAGACUUUGGAACUCCCUCCCCAGAGAAGCCAGAGUGGCUCCCGCCGUGUUGUCCUCCCGCUGGCAGGUGAAGACUUUCUUGUUCCAACAGGCUCUGGAGAACUGACUGCUUCUAACGAAAGGGCUGGUGCCAUGCUGUUUUUAUUGUGAUCAUUUCUAUGGUUUUAAUAGAUUAAAUAUGUGUAUAUAUGUAAUUUUAAUUCUAUCAGUGUGUGUUUUUUUAUUUAAAAUUGUUGUUUUUCUUAUUUGUUUUUGGCUGUUCUUCUUUUUCUCUGUAAGCCGUCUCGAGUCCCUGUCAGGGGAAAAGGCAGGGUAAAUAAAUAAAAUAAAAUAAAAUAAAAUAAAAUAUGAUACAAUACAA